GUGGGGACGGAGCUUGACUUGGACAUCGUUUUGGACUGCGUGUCAGCUGGAUUGAGCAGUGCUUGGGCAGCACAUGAGCUGGAAUUGGACAGCGGAUUUGAGUUCUCCAUCAUUUGCAGAAGGCAACGCAGCACAAGAUCCAUCAUCAGCUUUGCGGCUGUGGCGCGGCCGGCGGCGCGAGCCUGGGGUGUCAGUUUUGUAAUUUUUGGUCUGUAG